UAUACAUCAUCAGUAUAUAAACUUUUUUUAAAAAAAUUUGAAAUGCAUCUAUCGGGUAUGGAAAUUUUAGUCAUCUCGACUACAUUUUUGACGCAAACUUUUGUUUAUGGUCAAAUGGGUGGAGGAAAGAAUAGAGGCUUUGGAUAUUGUAUGAUGAGAGGUCCUCCCGGAAUGUCACAAAUGAAUGGUGGUCAAGGAUUUGGACAAAUGGGUGGUCCUCCCGGAAUGUCAUCAAUGGGCGGCCCUCCCGGAAUGUCAUCAAUGGGAGGUCCUCCUGGAAUGUCACAAAUGAGUGGAGGUCAAGGAUUUGGACAAAUGGGUGGUCCUCCCGGAAUGUCAUCAAUGGGAGGUCCUCCUGGAAUGUCACAAAUGAGUGGAGGUCAAGGAUUUGGACAAAUGGGUGGUCCUCCCGGAAUGUCAUCAAUGGGAGGUCCUCCCGGAAUGUCACAAAUGAGUGGAGGUCAAGGAUCUGGACAAAUGGGUGGUCCUCCCGGAAUGUCAUCAAUGGGAGGUCCUCCUGGAAUGUCACAAAUGAGUGGAGGUCAAGGAUUUGGACAAAUGGGUGGUCCUCCCGGAAUGUCAUCAAUGGGAGGUCCUCCCGGAAUGUCACAAAUGAGUGGAGGUCAAGGAUCUGGACAAAUGGGUGGUCCUCCCGGAAUGUCAUCAAUGGGUGGUUCUUCUGGAAUGUCACAAAUGAGUGGAGGUCAAGGAUUUGGACAAAUGGGUGGUCCUCCUGGAAUGUCGUCAAUGAAUAAUGAUCAAGGAUCAGCACAGGGCCAGGGAGGUGGUUCAAUAGAAAGCACAACGGAUGGGCAGUGAAUUAGUUAACUGUGUUAAUAAAAUAUACUGGAUAU